UCUGCGCAGCAGGAACCUUCGAUUGUUUUGUAAUUCUGCCUACUCGUUUUGUAACUACGCUGAAAUGUCUGGAGACGAAGCACCUGUGCCGCCUCCAGUUAUGUGGGCACAACGCCCCGGAGUCGUCUUCCUAACUGUGUGCCUGGAGGACUGCAAAGAUCCUGUGAUCAAUAUCGACACUGACAAGGUGUACUUCAAGGGUGUUGGUGGUACCGAAAGAAAGCUGCACGAGGUUACAAUUCCGUUGUAUAAAGAAGUGGACCCCGACAAGUCUGUACCAUCUGUAAAAGCACGCAAUAUUGAGCUUGUACUGAAGAAGAAAGAAUCGUCCCAGGGGUAUUGGCCUCAUCUCUGUUCUGACAAGCAAAAGCGGCACUGGUUGAAGGUGGACUUCAACAAGUGGAAGGAUGAGGAUGACAGCGACGAUGAGACGGGACAGCCGGAGGACCUGGAAGAGAUGAUGCGACAGAUGGGAGGCCUGGGUGGUGGUGGUGAUUCGAAGCCCGUCUUUGACGACCUCGACGCUGAGUCGGACUCGGACGACGAAGAGCUUCCAGACCUCGAAUAAAGUGAAACAGAUGUGUUUUGUCCAGGCUGUCACCAGGACUUGAGGGGAGCCACCGAUGCAACCACCAAACUAGGGGGGAGGGUUUCACUCUCGUGCAGAGUUAUAUUGUACACCAACCUGCCCCAUCCCUCUUGACUGAUAAUGGGAUCAUUUAACAUUAAUCAGUGGUAGAUGCAGCGUUACACAGAAGUGAAGACAUGUUUUCCUUGCAAUAAGUAACUAACUUGAAAAUCAUUUACUGUUAAGAGACCUGAAUGCAUCGUUGAUUGAUAACAGUAACACCACAUUCUUAAAGUGCUUUAGGAUUUGGAAUUUAUAUCUAAUGUUUCGUGUUAAUUUGCUGGUAGAUAAUAGCAAAAACUCUCAGAUGGCUGCAGUUUUCCUUGUUCGACUUGCUUUCCUCUGUUUGCACACUGAAAUAAAACAUUGUGUUCAACUACAGCAUGAAGGUUUGCAAAUGGGGGAAAACAGUGUUUUCAUUUUGGAAAGCAAGAGUUUCUGUGGACAUUCUAAUGCCAAUUUACUGUAGUGGUUGGAUGAAAGUGUUAGAAAUUGCUGCAGAGGAUUUAUUCCAUAAAUUUAAAUUCAUACUGUGCACUUAACUGUAGAUUUUUUGAGGCCUCAAUGUUUUUAUUUUAAAAUCUUGCCUGCUGCACUGAAAUAAAAAGUACUUCCUAA